AUGUGCGCCAAUACCGAUAACAAUACCACUUCCAGGGCCUCAACGACCUCGCCCUUUACAUCGACAUCUACCAGCCGGUCGCUGUUGUCGAGGUUGACGGCUCCUCUCAAAUCCCGCAGCACGCGAAACCUGACCAACUUCCAUAUACAGCCCAAAGAGCCCCAUCGCCGAUAUUCUCCUGGAGACCUUGUCAAAGGCGCGGUAGUCCUCACUGUCCUUAAGCCCAUACGCCUGACGCACCUCACCGUUUGCCUCCAUGGAUUUGUCCGCGUUUUCAAGCAUCAGAAUGAGGCGAACGAGUCAUUGCCCGCGGAUGCCGGCUUGACAUCCAGCAAUAGCAAGAAAUCACAAUACUUUGGCAACGGCCACGCCUCCCUAUUUCAAGACGAACAAACCCUUUGCGGCGAAGGGCGACUCGAUGCCGGUGUCUACGAGUUUAAUUUCGAAUUAGUAUUCCCCAGGAAAGGCCUGCCUAGCAGCGUUGAUUUCGAACGAGGAACCAUCUCAUAUUUGAUCACAGCUACUAUUGUACGACCGACCUCGAUUGCUGCCACGUCAAGUUGUGAUCGAAAAAUCUCCUUGAUCGAGACGGUGGAUAUUGGCGCAUUAGCAGCCCCAAAACCUCGAACCAUAUCUUUAGAACCAAUACGUCGGCGCCCUAGGAGAAGGAAAACGGUCAAGAAUAAAGAGAAUGCGCCCCGGGAAGCGACUGAAAGAACCUCGGGCAGCGAAGCAGCGCGAAUAGGAUCCCCUCUUCCAGACGAGUCAGUAAGCCAAUGUGGUUCAUUGGACAAUAACACAAACCCUCGAAGCCCAAUACCAAGCGACAUGCAAAGCACCGGCAGUGCAGCUACCAGUGCAGACAGCACGGUUAGCAGCAGUACAGGACUCAGUUUCCGGCUUGGUCCUGUACCAUCUUCUGCCAAGUCGGCACGCGACAGUCAAGGGACUGGUAGCAAGGGUUCGGCACCGGAGAAAACAAUAACUGCAACUAUUGAGUUACUAAAGUCUGGAUGUCUACCCGGCGACAAUCUUCCUAUCAAGAUCUCUAUAAGACAUACCAAAGCGAUAAAAAGUAUGCACGGGAUCAUCAUUACGUUUUAUAGACAGGGGAGAAUCGAUUCAGCUCCUCCACUGUCACUCUUCACGAACAUCAAAGGGAAAGAGGCACAAAGAUUAAAGCAUGAAGAGUACUAUCCCAAGUCUAAGACGGGACUUGGAGGAUUGUCGCUCACUUCCGCCGGAUCAAGCAGUUUAUUUCGCAAGGACCUUGCACAAACACUGGCCCCUAUCCUUGUCGAUCCAACAACUUUAACAUCAACAGUCAAUGCAUCAGUGAGAGUACCCGAAGAUGUUUUCCCUACCAUCUCGGGGGUUCCUGGCGAGAUGAUCAGCUUCAAAUAUCACGUUGAGGUUGUUGUAGACCUCGGUGGCAAGUUAGCUGGUCAACAGCGGCAUGUUCCAGGAGUAUCUUCAGUAAUAAAUGUCGGCAAUCUCUCUGCAGCCCGCGGAGAUGGGAACCCAAAUAUGUUGACCGCUUGGGGUGGCAAUAUCGUGGAUACUGACCAUCUCAGACGAGAAAAGAGCGUUGUUGCCUGUCUUUUUGAAGUCACCGUCGGUACAAUUGACAGUGCUCGCAAAAGAGGCGGAGAUAAUAGCUCAGAUACAAGACAGAACAACGAUGGGUCGUUGAACUCUCCCGCCACACCUGUUACGGCACACGAACCAUUACACGAGGAGGCCUACGUACCGGAAGCCGAGGGCAUUCAUCAGACUGACCAGCGAACUCCCCAUCCCUACUAUGACCAGACUUAUGACGAUCAAUACCACGAUUACUACUCACACAUGGGAUAUGACCAUCACCUGGAACCUCAUCCUGAGUACACACAACCUGAGUAUUCUCAAAUUCCAGUUCCUCAGCCAGAAAUACAUGCGACUGAAGGCUUGAGUGAAAAAGAGCGUAUCCGCCGUGCGGAGGAGCGCCUUCUACCUAGUCAACCACCUGAAGAUAACCCAGGUCCCUCGUUGUCAUGGACAGUCGUUGGCCCACCCGCGCCCUCUGCGCCAUCCGCACCCCCGCUUGAGUUACAAGAUGACAUAUAUGAUGCGGAUGCGGAGACUCUUCAAGCUGUAUCAGCAUCGGCCGCUCCUUCUGCAGUAGAUAUGAAUGCCUCGGGCGCAUCUUCAACCAUUCCUUCAGCACCAGCGCUGGAAGAUCUUGCCCCAAACCCAGGACUUCAUUCUACCGAUGAUAAACAAGAGCUGGAGCGACAAAGGCUGAUGAAUGAGGCUAGCGCGCCUUCAGAAUUCGUUGCAGACGAAGAUGACAAUGCUGGUGAAGGGGGUAGUAGGCCACAAUAUGAGCCUUCUGCUCCGAUUCUUGCUGAGGAAGGUGAAUAUGAGAGUCGAUAUUCACAUCAUCAUUUGGAAGAGCGGGGAUUAUCUUCACAUCAGGAAAGCCUGCCAAAAUAUGAGCGUUGA